UCCCCACGUACAAAGACCAGUCUCCUCAUACCAAAAUUUCUCUUUUUUCAACCCCUCACUACAAAAUUGCCGUCGCCACCACCCCCAACCCUCCGCGGAUCCUCAACUCUCCAUCACGCCAUGAAGCUCUUCUCCUCAAUCCUAAUCCAACGCCCAUCCUACCUUCCUCCAUGUUCGCCCCUGCUCGUCUCAUUCUAACUAUUGGGUCGUGGCUUCGCACGCGCCGCAGCCGCUGUUUUUUCCUCUUGCUCUGCUCCCCUGUUCUCCUCCCUUUACUCUGCGCCACUUUCCCUCUCCUUUGUAUAGCUGAAGUCUGUGUCCGGAUUUUCCGGCGGAGAAGGAGCAGAAAGGCGUCUAUGGUGGCGCAAGAAGAGGAGAAUCGGCUGCGGCGAUGUGAAGAGGGUUGUUGUUGCGGUGAAGAAGAGAGGGAAGUUGGGCUUCUACAGAGGUAUUUGGAAGAUCAGCUGGCGCUUGUUGGAUCUGUUUACAAAUGUGGCGAUGACUUUGAUGUGCUUGAUCAUCAACAUGAUGAUCUUGAUCUUGAUUGUAAAGCUCCACUUUUGAGCUGAUUGUUACUUUUGU